GAAUCUUGGGAGCAGCCAAAAUGAUGUCCUUUGUCUCUCUGCUCCUGGUGGGCAUCCUGUUCCAUGGCAUCCAGGCCGAACAAUUAACAAAAUGUGAGUUGUUCCAGAGGCUGAAAGACCUGGAUGGCUAUGGAGGCGUCACUUUGCCUGAAUGGGUCUGUACUGUAUUUCAUACCAGUGGUUGUGACACACAAACCACAGUAAAUAACAAUGGCAGCACAGAAUAUGGACUCUUCCAGAUCAAUAAUAAAAUUUGGUGCAGAGACAACCAGACCCCUCACUCAAGGGACAUCUGUGGCAUCUCCUGUGACAAGUUCCUGGAUGAUGACCUUACUGAUGACAUUAUGUGUGUCAAGAAGAUUCUGGAUAAUGUAGGAAUUAACUACUGGUUGGCCCAUAAAGCACUCUGUUCUGAGAAGCUGGAUCAGUGGCGCUGCGAGAAGUGGUGAACACCUGCUGUCUUUGCUGCUUCUGCCCUCUUUAUGUCCCUGGAACUCCUCUUCCCUAUGGCUACCUUGUUUUGCUUCUUUGUACCCCCUUGAAGCUAAUUUGUCUCUGAGCCCUGAGCCCUGUAGUGACACCAUUGGACAUGCAAGGACUAUUCUCCAGGGAUGAGUGACUGGUGCUCUGGACUUUUGACCCUUGCUCAGUGCCCCCAGUGGCACUUUCAUUACAACGGUGGAUUCUACCUCUAUCCUGAAUAAAGGGCCUGAUUUUGA